UUGUAGGAUUUGCAAUGAAACUAUUUUUUUGUCUCCAUUUUCAAUUGACAGCUAGCUCUGUUGUGCACAAGAAUUCAUAACCAUUUAGCAAAUGGUAUGUUUGUGUAUUAACGAAAGUUCUUUUUUGUUUCUGUUUGUUUUUUUUUUUGCAGCCACUUCAAAAUUAUGGGGAACUGGGCUCUUCUUCCAGCCUCAAGGUGAGAGCAAUACUUUGAAGGAAAGGAGGACAUCUUUACAAUCAUUUCCAUUAAUCAUAUGCGAUCCAUUUGCUGGCUUUAAUUUGACAUUUCGCAUGACAAGGAGUGGUUUUCUCGGGCUGCUAGAUGAAGCUGCUCUGACACUUGGUUGCAUCGAUAAAUGUAGAGAUGGUGGAUUUGAUGAGGUUUUUAUGACUAAGAUUGACUUUCCUGCUAAAUAUGACUACUGCAUAAGGAAUUUAAGUUGAAGGGAGAUGAUGAGU